UUUAAUUUUUGCAGAUGGCGUGGUAAUACAUUAUGGAAACCACGUGGAUGUGGUAUGGUGGUUUGAAUUAGUGUUUUUUGAAAGUUGAGAAAUACUAUAAGACGAAAAAUAAUUUUUGAAUGUGAAAUCAGCUAUUAUAAAGAUGAGAAAGAAAAUAGACAAUAGAAUAAGAGUGCUUAUUGAAAAUGGCGUAAAUCAGGGACAUAGAACAAUGUUUGUUGUUGUCGGAGAUAAAGGAAAAGAUCAGGUGGUUAUACUUCAUUAUAUGCUAUCGAAAGCGGUCAUCAAAGCCCGACCAUCUGUAUUAUGGUGUUAUAAGAAAGAACUCGGGUUUAGCACUCACAGAAAGAAAAAGAUGCGACAGAUACAGAAAAAAUUAAAAAACAAUAAAAUGGAACUGAAUGAAGAUGAUCCGUUUGAUUUAUUUAUUGCUGCAACUCAAAUCAGAUUCUGUUAUUACAGUGAAACACACAAAAUUCUUGGAAAUACUUAUGGAAUGUUGAUCCUCCAAGAUUUUGAAGCAUUCACGCCAAAUUUAUUGGCUCGUACCAUAGAGACAAUUGAAGGUGGAGGAAUAAUUGUUAUAUUGCUUCGCACUCUGACAUCUCUUAAACAGUUAUACACUCUUACAAUGGACGUUCAUGCACGAUUUCGAACAGAGGCUCAUCAAGAUGUGGUUGGAAGAUUUAAUGAGAGAUUCAUUCUUUCAUUAACAUCUUGCAAAAAAUGUUUGGUUGUAGAUGAUCAAUUAAAUAUUUUACCUCUUUCCUCGCAUGCUGCAAAUAUAAAAGCAAUCCCUCCUAGAGCAACUGAUGACUUAAGUGAAGAGGCUAAAGAAUUAAAAAAUUUGAAAGAAUCUCUACAAGAUACACAACCAGUUGGAGUGCUUGUUAAUUGCUGUCGGACGCUCGACCAAGCAAAAGCUCUUCUGAAAUUUAUAGAUUCCAUUUCUGAGAAAACAUUGAGAAGCACUGUGGCUCUGACUGCUCCCAGGGGUAGAGGAAAGUCUGCAGCAUUAGGACUGGCCAUUGCCGGUGCCAUUGCUUUUAACUAUUCGAACAUUUUUGUCACUUCUCCCAGUCCUGAAAAUUUGAAAACGCUGUUUGAAUUUAUAUUAAAAGGAUUUGAUGCCCUUCAUUAUCAAGAACAUCUUGAUUAUGAAAUUAUUCAGUCUACCAAUCCGGAAUUUAACAAAGCAGUUGUCAGAAUAAAUGUAUUUCAUGACCACCGUCAGACCGUCCAAUACAUUCACCCAACAGAUGCAAGUAAAUUGGGCCAGGCCGAACUACUGGUGAUCGACGAAGCGGCUGCAAUUCCCCUUCCAUUAGUAAAGAAUCUUCUUGGACCAUAUUUAGUGUUUAUGUCUUCAACUAUUAAUGGAUAUGAAGGAACUGGAAGAUCGCUGUCACUUAAACUUAUACAACAAUUGCGACAGCAGAGUGCAACUUAUGGAUCCAAUGCUUCGGAAACAGUCGUCGUGAGCAAUUCGUCGUCUGGCACAAUGCCCUCAGCAACAGGUAGAGUAUUACAUGAAAUUACUCUAAACGAAUCAAUACGUUAUCACAAUGGAGACGACGUGGAAGCAUGGUUGACUCGGCUGUUGUGUUUAGAUGCAACUUUUACGCAAGAUCUAGCAGGUGGAUGUCCCUUGCCACAAGAUUGUGAAUUGUAUUAUAUCAAUCGUGACACUCUUUUCAGUUAUCAUAAAGUUUCAGAAGCAUUUCUCCAGAAGAUUAUGGCUCUCUUUGUGGCUUCACACUACAAAAAUUCUCCAAACGAUUUGCAACUUAUGUCUGAUGCACCAGCCCAUCACUUGUUCUGUUUGCUUCCGCCAGUAAAUCCUAACGUAAAACAGUUGCCCAAAGUUUUGUGUGUUAUUCAGGUUUGUUUAGAGGGAGAAAUGUCAAAAGAUUCAGUCACCAAAGGUUUAGCAUCUGGGAGAAAAGCAUUCGGUGAUUUGAUACCGUGGACAGUGUCACAGCAGUUUCAAGAUAAUGAAUUUCCAAGUUUAUCUGGAAUCAGAAUUGUCAGAAUUGCCACUCAUCCUGAUUAUCAGCGGAUGGGAUAUGGAAGUCGUGCCAUCCAACUGUUACAAGAAUAUUAUGGUGGGAAAAUGUUUGGGCUAGAUGACGACGAUUUAAGCAAAAGAGAUUUACAAGAAAUUUGUUGUGUGGAAGACGAGAGUCUCGGUCUUCUAGAAGAGACAGUGGCUCCUCGAAAAUCACUUCCACCAUUGUUUCUGAAACUGAGUGAACGUAAAGCUGAAAAACUGGAUUAUGUGGGAGUGUCAUAUGGUCUGACAUCAGAUCUCUUAAGAUUUUGGAAGAAACAAAAGUUUGUUCCGGUUUAUUUAAGUCAAAAAUCGAAUGAAAUAACUGGAGAGCACACAUGCAUUAUGUUAAAGACAUUGAAUGACGAAGAAGAAUCAAUGACGGAAAAUGAAGACUGGCUUCGUGCUUUCUGGAGGGACUUUCGGAAGAGAUUUGUCCUGCUGCUGUCUCGGCCAAAGUUUCGCGAGUUUGCACCUUCUCUGGCACUGAGCAUGCUUCAAAAUCACAUAGACACAGAAAAAAUAGAAUUAACAAAAGAGGAAUUGGAUGUUCAUCUAACAAAGUAUGAAUUAAAGAGAUUGGAAUUAUAUGCUCAAAAUCUCACAGACUACCAUCUGAUAAUGGACAAUCUGCAGAUUGUGUGCCGUCUGUUUUUCAUGAAUAAACUGGGAGACAUUCAUCUUUCCAUGGUUCAAUCGGUUAUUCUGAUUGGACUGGGUCUUCAGCACAAGGAAGUGGAUGAUGUUGCAAAAGAAUUGGGUCUUCCAGGUGGACAGGUAAUGGGACUGUUCAACAAAGCCUUGAGACGAAUCACCCAGUAUCUCGGAAGCAUUUAUGAGAGAGCCGUCGAGACAACCCUGCCAAAUCCCGAUCCCGUUUCCAUGGAACCAGUCUCUCAGUCAUUAAAUGAAGAAUUGGUGGAAGCUGCUAAAGAAGUACAAAAAAAACAGCAAAAGGAACUGAGAACACUUGAGGAAGGCAACCUUUCUCAGUAUGCCAUCAAAGGUUCAGAAGAUGAAUGGCAGAAGGCCCUGGAGACCGAGCAAAAAACUUUAGUUAGUAUUAAAAGCAUCCAAAAGAGACCGGCAGAUGAAAGUGCAGACUCCUACCUGCGAGAGAAAAAGAAAAAGAAAUUCAAGAAAAAAGAUGGAGUAUGCGGUACAUUUAAAUCGAAAGGCAUCAAAACUGUAGUUUGGUUAGGUGUUAACGGACAAGGUAACAACAGUACUGGUGUUUCUAUUAAUUUGUUUGCCAUACGUAUGUUUGUUAUUGUUGAGAUAUAAUUUCACAAAUGCUUUAUUUUUUUAUUUCAUUGUCACUAGUUAAAAUGUUCACAAUACAAAUACAGGGUAAUCCCAAAAGUAAGGUCUCCUAUUUUUUAGAAAUGUUAUUGAAAAUAAACAUUUCUUUGUGCUUAUAUCAUUUUAAAGCUUGGACAUUUAUCUAUUUUUUUACGUAAUCAUCAUUUCGAUUGUUGCAUUUUUGUAUGCUCAUGUUAUACCAGCUUGCCACCAUGUCGCGGGACCCAUCUUGAGCACACCUUCCAAUAUUGGAACUUUUCUGUUAAAAUCCUGUGAACGGUGCUUCGAGAAACCCCAGGAACCAAAAUGCAAGAUCAUCCGGAAAGAUCCACCGAUCUUCACGCAUGGUUUACUCAACCUUUGUGACUGACAUUGGAAAUUGACAGUCUCCCGCUUCUUUCUUCGUUGUGAAAUUCGGUACGAUCAGCUGCAAACUCCCUGCACCACUUGUGGACGUUUUUGACAUCCAUGCAUGAGUUGCCAUACACUUCUGUCAAUUGCGAUGAAUUUCAAUUGGUUUAACAAGACAUGGCUGCAAGCUGGUAUGAUGACACGUGCAUAUAAAAACUGCCACAGCACCUACAAAAAUACAUAGACCGAAAUGGUGAUUAAUAGAAAAAUAGAUAAAUGUUCAAGCUUUAAAAUGAUGUAAACAUUAUUGAAAAUAAACAUUUCUUUGUAUUUCCAAAAAAUAAGUGACCUUACUUUUGGGAUUACCCUUGUUUUAAUAACAUUAAUAACAGGAUAUAUGCAUACAGAUAAACGAGGAAUCUAAUCCAAAAUUAAACUAGACCACAAUAACAGAUAAAAUAUCAUAGAAAUUAAAAGUUUUAAAUAACACUAUUAAAAUUUGUUUAAGUAGAGAGGUUUUCUGUUGAGUCAAAGAAAAUUUAUACAGACGACAAGAUGUUACAAUCAAAAAUAUGUCAUUAUAUUGGACUGUUUCUGAAUUUUCAGAUUGGUCACAGGAGCAAGAGAACUGUCAUGGUUAAUUUUUACCCGUGAGAGUGCUCUAAGGCUUUCGUGUUACCGGGUAAAGAUUCAAAACACGUUGCCCAAAGGGAAUGCAUUCAAAGUUCAAUUAGAUGUAUAAUGUCUGAUGCAAUGGCACGAGUUUAACUCAAACGAAAGACCUGUUAGUGUGCAUUUAGAAAGAAAUGGCUAAUGCAUAAAGAUUUAUAAAGUCACAUUUUUGUAACUACAGAUACACCACCAAAUUUACAGCAACUGAUGGUCUGGCACCUCCUUUAAUCCAAACAAAAUUUCAACAAGGAACUUGAAAUUCUCCGGCCACCAAACUAGUUUACUAGACAUCCACAGAGGGCAAUUGUGUGUAGAGCAAGCUUAUUUAUAUUGCAGUUGUUGUGGUGAUAAACUUAUUGCAAUUUUAUGAUAUUCUUAUCUACAGUAUUGGUUCGGUUCGGUUCAUUGACUGUUUAUAAUUAAAGAGGUAAAGAAACAAAACAUUGAAAUUAUGCAGAUGGCGAUUCAUUUAUUUAUUUUAUUUUUUGUAGCAUUCCACAGUAUACUUUAGACAUACAUACAUACAUGUGAAAGAAAAGGCUGUACUCAAAGGUGUAGCCUUAAAAGAUAAGAAAGAUGGGUGAAGAAAGGAGGGAGAGUGAUUUGAGGAAAGUUAGGAGGGUGGGGUUGAAAGUGGAAAAAGGAGGACAUGAUCCGCAAAGGGGAGCUGUUGGAUAGCACUUGGAAAUACAAUGGUAGAUGCUUGCAAAACAAUUUGUAUAUACUGGGAAGGAGAAGGCUCAUAGCGUAAUACCAUGAGGAGUUGGGCAGAUGAGGCUGACUUGGGGGGGGAAAAAAGGAAGCGGUAAGGGGUCCCUGUUACUUUAGACAUACAAGGAGGUGUAUAAUUAGUGAGUUAGAGACACAUCUAUGAAUUAUUAUACAUGACCACCAUUUGUCUGGCAAAUGAUUAAUCUGGCAAGGCUUUGGAACAAACAGUGCCAGAAGUUUGAUAGGCAUCUAAUGUGUUAAUUUUUCCUACAUACCAUGACUUUUGGGACACUACAUUUAAGAAAGCCACUAACUUAAAUAAUUGGAAGAUUCUUUUGUCGAUAGAGGUAAGGAUUUUUCUGUAAAUCCAAAUCCAUAGUGGUUAAACAAGAAUAGUAUGAAGAAUAAGUUUUUAUGCCAUUUAUCUAAAGCGAGGUUGUCUUUUUCGUAAUGGGCCAAAUUAGAAAUUUAGGUAUAUUUGGCAGGCCACAAAAGAUACUUUAUGUAAAUAUGUGCUU